UUUUAGUGGCUCAAGAGUGUUUCCCCUAUAAAAACUUAAUAUCAAGUAUAAAAAUAUAAGUUCCACGCAAUUUUCUGGCGAACAUUUCUUGCGUUCUCACUGAUUUUUGCAGUGCAUCCUCUAUUGUGGGCAACCAGAGAAAACAGGAACAGAAUGGAUAGGGAACUCUUCCUUGCUUUGGAAGUUCGUGAUAUUGAUAAAAUUCAAACUUUACACGAGCAGGACAAGGAUGCUCUGGAUGGUGUUACUUUCCAAGGAGAUACUGCUCUUCAUAUAGCUGCAAGGGAAGGCCAUCAAGAUAUUGUUAAAUGGAUUCUGAAAGAGAAACCCUCCUUGGCUAAAGCUCGAAACAAGGAUGAAAACGCGGUGCUGCAUGAAGCAGCUAAAAGCGGUAAUACAGAAGUUGUCAGACUUCUCCUUCAACUCAAUCAGAGUUCUAAUGACCGUCACAAUAAGUUUAGAGAGACAGCUCUGGUGAUAGCUUCGCAGUAUGGCCACGUGGGAGCAGUUAAACUUUUAUUGCAGGCCAGGCCAUCGGAAGAUCCAUUUGAAUGGCAUCGAUCUGUUAGAGAGGCAGCUUUAAGGGGAUAUAAAGAUGUAGUUGUGGCGAUGCUGGCUAACACACCCAGAUGUAAUUUUACUAGUCUUUUGAUGCGUCUUCUAGCCGACGCCUGGUAUAAAGGUGUAAUUGUGCUGAUGCUGGCCAAGACAGCCAGAUGUAAUUUUACCCCUCUUUUGAGGUUUCUUCAAGCCUGGUAUUGGGAUUUUCCGAAAUCCCCGAUUCUGCAUGCAGCCGUGCAAGGAGGAGAUCUUGAGGUCGUAAAGGUAAUGCUAAAUCAUGAUUCGUGGGAAUUCAAGUUCAUGACGGUGGAGGAUGAGUAUGGAAGAUGUGCAAUCCAUGUAGCAGCAAUCAAAGGUCACUGGCAUAUAAUCAACGAAUUUAUGUCGAGGAGGCCAGACUCUGUCAAUAUCCGCAGUUCAGAUGGUAAAUCUGUUUUACACUUUGCAGUCGAAUAUAAUCAAUUGAAUGUUGUGAAGUGUCUAUUAGCAAACAAGGAGGCAAAGAAUGUAGCCAAAUUGGUCAGCCGCGACCGUGACGAUUCUGGAAAUACAGCGCUACAUUUCGCAGCAAUUAAUGGAGCGAGUGUCGAGGUUUGACACCCUUUUAUCCCUCUUUCUAAUUUUUUUUGGUUCUACACCUCUUCUUAGUCCAUAUAUUUUAUAAAUG